CUGGCCGCUAUUUGUUUCCAAGAUGGCGGCUCCCAUGUGAAAGCAAGUGCUUUAGAGAAGUUAUGUUAGAAGGUUGGACUAGAAAACACUAUGAUAAGGCUUUCACUUGCAAGUCGAACUUUACUGCAAUCUAGUUUCGUGAACGUAGCUCAAAUUCGAGCUUUUUCUGCUGUGAAACCUCAAGAUGACCUAACAACAACAGACUCUUCCAUGGGAAGAAAGUGGAUUUGUGGUUAUGAGAAUAUCAAAGAGCUUGAAGCGGCACCAGAGAAUGUGAAAAGAAUCUUCAGUCUUGAGAAUGCGAACAGGUUUGAGAAGAGAAAAGUUGAAGAACAAGAAGUGAAAAACAACUAUGAAGGCUACUCACAAAGAUCUGUUGCUGAACUGACUUUGAAGAUCAACACACUUGAAAGACACAUGAAAGAAAGGCCAAAAGAUAAACACAACAAAGUGUUUCUACACUGGCUGACAGACCAGCGUAAGAAAAAGCUGAAGCAUCUAAAAAACAAGGAUUUUCCAGGUUACCUUCAACUCCUUCAAGAGCUGAAUAUACCUGAGCUAGAAAGCCCUCAUAGCAAGUGGAAUAAGUACAAGUUUAGGAAAUUUAAGAUUGGUGUGGAAAUUAAGGAGAAGAGGAGCUUCCUGGACAGGAAAAUUAUCACUUGAGAAAAGACAUGUAUUUCACAGAGCACAGAAAUUAGCUCAUGCCGAGAAAAAAAGUUGGGUACAGUUAAAACCUUACACCUAGUACAGUAUAAAAACCUGUAGCCUAGAAUAAGCACCCUCAAAGAACCAUUCAAGGCCAAAGAAACUGUUUCUUAUAUUAAAUAAAUUGAUCGUGGAAAUAUUUUUAUAGUUUCAAAUAAGUGCUGCAGUCAAUACAUAACCAAAUAGAAACAAAGUGGGGAAAGAAAAUGUACUUAAACUGAUAGUGGUUAAAAAAAUUAUUCAGAUAUUUUUCUUAUAGAAAAUUGUACCCCUUGCUUGCUCCCUUCCCCCUAAAAACAACAGCCAUUGAUUGACAAUUUUUUUCCAUUCCCCCAUUACUUAAAAUUUGAGUUUUAUUUAUUUUCGCCACUUUAUUUUUUAAGUGGCAGGGUAACACAACAGAAGAGCCAUUUCCUUUAAGCCUUUUAGUGUUUUGAAGUCCUCAAGAUCAAUUUAGUUUCCUUAAAAAAAAAUUCAAAUAAUAAUACUUCAAGUUGCUCGCCGUGCCAAUAGGCCACUCCAGGUAUAAGCAUGCACGUGCGCUCAACUUACCUCAACUACCGUCAUGCAGCACACGCUUUGUUUGGUGCAAGCUUAAAAAAUUUGCAUGCUGCAUUCUGGUAGUUGAGGUAGGUUACAAUAAAAACGCGCAUGCAAGCUUAUACUGUAGCUGGAAUGGUCUGUUGUUUUAAGAAAAAUGAAUGGCUGAUAAAUUGAUGAUAAUCAUGGUAAUCUAUUCUCAAAACUUUGUAUGUACAAUUGUGUUUUAUUUAAAAAAUUUCUUCAAUUUGUUCAUUUAUGGUUAUCUCUGUGUGUACAUUCAUUUUGUAUGUAAUUAACAAAUACCUUUUCUAAUAUAAACCGUUUAACUUGUUCAUUUAUUGUUUUCUACUUUUGGUCAGGAAUAAACAUGUUUGCAAAAAAUGAUGCAUUGAUACAAAUCACAAAUAGUUUGACUCAGAGUUCAAACAUACAAGACUAAAAAUGUCUGUAAUAUUGUGUUGCUAUAGUUUUAUUUAGAUGGAAAAAAGUUAUGCCAUAGUAGGGCUUUUCUUAAUACUGCUUUGAUGGUGGGACCUUCAUACCUUGGGUACCAAGGCCUCCAGACUUCUCUCUCCUACCCGCCCUUGUCUCGGUAUUUUGUCUGAGCGUCACUGGGCAAGAGAAGUCUGGAAGCUUUGGUACCAGGGUAGGUCCUUCACAGUUGAGAGUUAAAAACAAAGGAUAGGUUGUCACCUAGCACAAUCAGUAAAACCGUGAACACUGCAAAUAUGUGUAGAAUGUUUCUUCACACAUUAAAAGAUGUCUCAAUAGAGACAUUUA